GGGACAGGGACGGGCGGGCAGAGAGAGCGGCACCGCGGGGAGGGGACGGCAGGGGACACAGAGCGGGGGGACACGGAGUGCCGUGGAAUACUGAGAACCGAGGAGACGCCGAGAGAGAGCGGCGGGGACAGGCGGCUGCCGCACAGGAACGCAUCGGUAGGGGCUCUGCCCGCUCUCUGCCCGCUGUCGGUCCUCACCCUGCCCCAGGCUCGAUGCGGGCCGGCGCUGGCCAUGGAGAAGCUGUACCUGGCGGGGAGCAGCACCUGGAUCAUCAACAGCUCCCUGGGGAACGGCAGCCUCCGGCUGGAGAACCUGAGCGCCGGCAGGAACAGCACCGCCGACCCCCUGAAGAGGAACGAGGACAUGGCCAAGGUGGAGGUGACAGUGCUGUGCCUCAUCCUGUUCCUCGCCCUGACCGGCAACCUGUGCGUGCUGCUGGCCAUCCACACCACCCGCCACAAGCACUCCCGCAUGUACUUCUUCAUGAAGCACCUGAGCAUCGCUGACCUGGUCGUGGCCAUCUUCCAGGUGCUGCCCCAGCUCAUCUGGGACAUCACCUUCAGGUUCUACGGGCCAGACUUCCUCUGCCGCUUGAUCAAGUACUUGCAGGUCGUGGGAAUGUUUGCUUCCACCUACAUGCUCCUGCUGAUGUCCCUGGACCGCUGCUUGGCCAUCUGCCAGCCCCUGAGGUCCCUGCACAGGAGAGCUGACCGGGUCUCUGUCCUCCUCACCUGGCUGCUGUGCCUGCUGGUCAGCAUCCCGCAGAUCCACAUAUUUUCUCUAAGGGAUGUGGGGAAUGGGGUUUAUGACUGUUGGGCAGAUUUCAUCCAGCCCUGGGGACCGAAAGCCUAUGUUACCUGGAUCACCCUCAUGGUCUAUAUCAUCCCUGUGUUGAUGCUGAGCAUCUGCUAUGGCUUAAUCAGCUUCAAAAUCUGGCAGAACGUGAAGCUGAAGACGGCUCACGGGCCCAGCGUGGGGCUGGGCUCGGGCUCCCGCGGCGGGACGGUGUUUGCCAGGGUCAGCAGCACCAGGCUCAUCUCCAAAGCCAAGAUCCGGACAGUCAAAAUGACCUUUAUCAUCGUGCUGGCCUUCAUAGUGUGCUGGACUCCCUUCUUCUUCGUGCAGAUGUGGUCCGUGUGGGACACCAACGCCCCGCAGGAAGCCUCGCCCUUCAUCAUCGCCAUGCUCCUGGCCAGCCUCAACAGCUGCUGCAACCCCUGGAUCUACAUGCUCUACACCGGGCACCUCUUCCACGACCUGAUGCGCCGCUUCCUCUGCUGCUCCGCGCGAUACCUGAAGUCGCGGCCGGCGUGCGAGCUGAGCAGGAAGAGCAACUCGUCCUCCUUCGUGCUCAGCUGCAGGGGCACCAGCCAGAGGAGCUUCGUGCAGCCGCCCACCCCGUGAGGCCGCCGCCAGCCGGGCCCGGUGCCGGUGCCGCCCGGUGCCGGUGCCCUGCGGAAAGCCGGGCCCGGACAGGGGGUCUGCAAACAGGCGUACACACGGCUUGGGCAUGCACAGAGGGCGUUAUUUAACCGAGACGGGGAGGAAUUCUGUGUCCAAGUCUCAGUGCUGCCUGGGAUUAGACAGCAGGAGCCCGUUCCUGAGCCCAAACCCUGACUACAGUGGCUUAUGGAUGCCACCGAGAGGGACAAAGGACGCGGUGCUGCUGGGGCUGCUGCAGCUCAGGGACAUGGGUGUCACCCUGGUACGUGGCUGGGCACCGUCCCACCUCCUCCUGCAGCAGGAUCCUGCGGGACGGCAGCGCCUGGCACCGCGCUCUCCGCAGAGAAGCGCUCGCUUCGCUUGCAGCCUGUGGGACAGAGGCAGCCCCGUCCCUGCAGCCCCGCAGCUCUGCAGCCCUGCAUCAUGCCAGACCCGGAGCCUUGCAGCUCUGCCCUAUGCCAG